AUGGAAGCUGGUAAACAAGCUCAUGUAUACAUAGUCGAUCAAGGCAGUACUACAGCAGAGUGUCAUUCCGGACGAGUAGAAUCUGACCUCGACUGGUCCUUGAAAUAUGUCUACGACAAAAUCGCAACCGUGUUAGCAGCCAACAGAACAACAUUGAGUGUCGGCGUCCUGGGCUUACGAACAGAUGAGUCGGAGAACUCGCUUUAUAACGAUGAUGAUGGCCCGGAAGAUGAAAGUUAUCAGCACAUUGCCGUUCAUAAAGAGCUUGGGCCCAUCACGUUGAGUGAUUUGGGAAGUCUUCAGGAGAAGUUGGUACCGAGUCAAACGGAAGCGGGAGAUGCGGUUUCCGCUAUUGUCGUCGCUAUUGAGAUGGUCAAUAAGUUUACUACCUUGGGGACUGGAAAGCCGGCGAAAUCUGGGAGGAAGAUUGUACUUGUCACGGACGGGCAGGGGUACAUUGACAAUACUGAUCCCAACAAUCUUGAUCAAAUUGCUCUAAGGUGUAAUGAGUUGGGUAUCGAACUUAUCGUGCUUGGAAUUGAUUUCGAUGAUCUGGAUUAUGGAUUCAAAGAGGAAGACAAGUCCGAACAAAAGAGAGAGAACGAAGCUCUGCUGAAGUCUUUAACGGACCAAUGCAACAAAGGUACCAUUGCUACGCUUAUUGAAGCUAUUGAUAAUCUCGGGGUUCCUGAAAUCAAGUCGGUCAGGCCGUACAAAGCAUUCGGAGGCCGGCUUGCUCUUGGUGAUUACGAAAAGUAUCCCGAAACUGCCUUGUAUAUUGAUGUCCUCCGUUAUACGAAGACGAAGAAAGCAUCAGCUCCUUCUGCAAGCAGUUUUGUUAACAACAAGUCCGCUAGUAAUGGCAGCUCAUCAAACACACUUGGGGAUACUGACAUGCCUGACGCGCCAGGCGACUUAUCGGCAGUCAAAAGUCAUUACCUAUACCAGGUCAAUGACCCUAAUUAUCCCUUAGGAAAGAGAGAUGUUGAUCGAGAUGAUCUCGCUAAAGGAUACGAGUAUGGCAGAACGGCGGUGCAUAUAAGCGCUGCGGAGGAGAAUGUUACGAAAAUGGAUACCUAUGAGGGUUUCUCCAUCAUUGGCUUUGUCCCAAGCGAAUCGUUUGAGAGAUAUCUUGUCAUGGGGGAGAGCUGCAUGACCGUUGCGCAGAGUGUGAAUGAGAAGGCCGUUGUAGCUCUGUCGUCCUUGAUACACGCUCUUCAUGAGCUUGAUAGCUAUGCAGUAGCGAGGAUUGUUCUCAAAGAUAUGAAAGAACCUAAGAUCAUUCUUCUAGCUCCUGUGAUUGAGCCGGACUUCGAAGGUCUUGCCGACGUCCCACUUCCGUUUGCCGAAGAUGUCAGGAUGUAUAGAUUUCCGCCGUUAGACAGGGUAGUUACAACCUCCGGUGCAACUGUUUCACAGCAUAGAUAUCUUCCCUCUGAUGAAUUGACGGACGCCAUGGAAGAUUAUGUAGAUGCUAUGGAUCUAUCAACCUUCGGAAAAGGUGAAGACGGGGAACCUAUCGAAUAUAUGACAAUGGAAGAAACAUACUCGCCAACAGUCCACCGAAUCAAUGCAGCAAUCAGAAACCGCGCUAUAUAUCCAGACGAACCUAUCAAGCCACCACCAGAGGUCGUUAUGAAAUGGGCCAACCCGCCAGCUGACCUGAUCACCAAUGCCGCAUCACAAUUGAAAAGACUCCAAAAAGUAGCUGAUGUUAAGAAAGUCGAGGCGAAGAAAAAGGGCAAACGUUUCAAUCGUGAACAAAUCACACCCCUAUCGGGUCUUGACAUCGACGCUCUCCUCGAUACAAACACCACCCAAGCCAUCUCCUCCGAAAACUCCAUCCCAGAAUUCCGACAAGCGCUCGGACGCACCACUUCUGAAGCCGAGAUCCUCAGCACCACAAAACAGAUGGGUGCUAUCAUCCGCAAGCUAGUCAAGGAAAGUGUGGGCGAAGCUUCUUAUGCGCGUGCACUGGAGAAUCUGAGGGUCAUGAGGGAAGAGAUGGUUGACCUUGAUAUGCCGGAGAUUUAUAAUGAUUUCGUGAAGGCGUUGAAGAAGGCGUUGUUGGGUGGGGAGUUGGAUAGUAAUAACGGUGGCGAGGGGAAGGUGUUUUGGGUUGAUGUUAAGAGAGGAAAAUUGGGGUUGAUUGAUCAGAGUACGACUGAUGGGUCGAAUGUCACUGCGGAAGAGGCGAGCGAGUUUUAUAGCUCGAAGUAA